ACGAACUUUAAGUGUUUUGCUAUUACCAGCAGCUGUCAGGACAUGGUAGGAUUCCUUGGUGUUUCAGCAUGUUAUCCUUGGACCUUUGCGAUGGUUUGAUUGAUCAACACCAUUAAAAUGAUUGACUCUUGAGAGACCGCUGGUGCAGUACGUAUGCAUCAUUAAUAGACGGGGGACUUAUUUCGCACCGGCAAAUUAUCGACUCUGAUUAUCAUUAAAACCCAAAUGACAACUAUGACGAAGACAAUUUAAAAACCACGGUGCGUCGUGAGUAUAUGGAGUCGAUUAUCAAACAUGUCUUUCACAAAGUGAAAAAAUAUUCAAAUGCUAGACCAGAUGAUUAUAUCGAAGUGGGAUUACUUUCCAUAAUAUAGAUUUCCUGUGAUUGAAUAUUUAGCCAUAUGACUGUGAUUAAAGAACCCACCAGAAACACUGCUUUGAGGUGUGUAAUUCUACUAUACGUUAAUUUUGAUGGCCGACGACAGGUUAAAAAAUCAAUAGAUCCGCCGACACAGAGCACGGGUAGUGGAAUCGAUGACAGCUGGAUUUGCAAUGUUUCCUGCAUCACAUUGUAGAUAAUAACCAUGCAAUACGAAACUCCUACAAAUGAUGGAGCUGCGAUGUCUGAUAAUGGUCAUGAGAAGAAAUUGAAAGAUGGCGGAGUAAUUCUGGGAAAUCCGGAAAUUACACGACCGAAAUCUACACCAAAACAAACCAGCCUGCCAACCAGCCUUGAAAAUGUGAAUCCACUUUCAGACUCUGUAAACGUUAACCGGAAUUUACGUAAGUUGCGAAAUACUAUAUCGGAACCAAGUAUAUUCGUAACCCCUGCGCAGAUGGAUAAACCCACCCCAGAACAUGGCAUUACAUUCCCCAAAAUGAAAGGAGCGAAUCGAUUGUCCCCCGUAAUUCAACUAUAUGGGAGGUACAAGAAAAAAUCAUCACAGGAUUUUACGAAUCCAGCGUUUGAAUCCGAUGAUGGGUAUCUAGAUGACCACCAGUUUUCUGAUAUCGUAGAUCAAGUUUUGAGACAACCCCUAAAUGGACAGUAUGUUCAUCCCUAUGGACAAGGAAAUCUGUACAAAGCCAUUUUGGUUGGAGAAAAAACUAAAGUUCCGCAGAGUGCUGGGAAACUUGUAUUCUGGGCCGUCUUUAUGCUGUUAAUGGCAGGAAUAGCUUGCACAAUCAUAAUUUUGGCAGAAACACAUACAUCAGAACAAUAUAUGAAUCCGUCAUCAGAUAGUAACACGACAAGACGGUGAUAAAACAAGAAGUUGAAAUUGACUAGCAGUUGUGGGUGGGACAAUUUUAGCCCCAAUUUAUGCCGUUGGAAAUGAAGUGAUUUGUGUUCGUAAUGGAACCGAACCAGGAAAUUGUCGAGAGAGAACAACUAUUGGACAGUGCUUUAUGUGGCCUGCUAUUUCCGUAUGAAUUGAAUCAAAAUGAAUGCACAUCAUUUCACAUAUACAUAUACAAGUAAAUGUAUUCUGAGAUCGCCUGCAGGCACAUACCUGUAUCUAUCGGGGAAAGAUUCAUUUUGUAACAUACAAGCAUGUAAGAGACAAUAUAUAUUUUCAAAAAUGCACUUUGCUUGCCAUAUCAUACUGAUCUUCGAGAAUUUCAAUGAGAUAGAUCUACCUCACACUUGUAAAUUUAUCAAAUCUCCUCAUGACGUUUGUGAUAGGUUUGUGAUGUUUUGUUGUUAGAAUGAUCAGAAGCGAAUACAUGCAUUUUAUCUGAGCCGAAUUAUUUUCCAUUAAAUUACAUACAUUUU